GUCUCUUACUUGGCAACGGCAGAAGGAAGUGAUGGUCACCCAGUUUCCUGUGAGACGGCCGUUACCGAAUGUCAGAUAACCAACCUACACUGUGGACAGGUGUACAAUUUAACUGUGACAGCGCUGGAUGGUGUGUGUGACACCUCACAAAACUCUCAGUUUGAGUUCAGAACCGCCCCAUGUGCACCUGACAACAUUUCCAUUAACCUGGACUGUGACACCAAGAGUACAUCAGUGACCUGGGCGAAGGCUGAGGGUGCCAUGUGGUACAUUACAACAGCAGAAGGACAAAAUGGACACGUUUCACUGUGUAACACAACAGAGACGAGCUGUGACUUUAUAGAUCUGCACUGCAGUCAGACAUAUUCAAUGACUGUAAAAGCAGUGGAUGCUUACUGUCCGAGUAUAAACGCUUCAGUGUUUGAAACUGAGACAGUCCCUUGCCCCCCUCAGAACAUACAAGCUGAUUGUGCUGGUGUCACUGCCUUUGUAACGUGGGAGCUGAGUAACCUCACAGUGUGGUACACCGCUACGGCAGAGGGGAGCGAUGGACACGCAGCCACCUGUACCACAUCCAAAACAAACUGUCUCAUCCCAGAUCUUCACUGCAGCCAAACAUACAACAUCUCUGUCCUCGCAUUUGGUGAAAGCUGCAGCAGCUUCCGGAGCUCCCACUAUGAAAUUCAUACAGCACCAUGUGCCCCAGAUGAAAUCAUUGCCAAUGUGGAUUGUAACUCCAAUAGAGUGGUGGUGUCCUGGGGAAGGACUGGUGGAGCAACCUCAUUCGAUGUAACUGCAGAAGGCAGUGAUGGUCAUAUACACUCACACAACACCACAGAGACACGCCAUGAAAUGCUGGAUUUACACUGUGGACAGUCCUAUAAUAUAACCGUAACAACACUGAGUUACAGCCGGCAUGGCAUUUCGAGUACUUCUGUCCAAAUACAAACUGCACCCUGCAUUCCUGAGAAUCUAACAGCUGAGCUUAAUUGUGAUUUGAACACAAUAUCCUUCUGGUGGGAUGAGACUGCUGGAGCAAAGUUAUACACUGUGACUGUUCGAGACAGUCAAAGAGUUACAGCUUUAUUCAACACAAGUGAUACAAGGGCUCAAAUCCAGGACCUGCAGUGUGGUGAAUAUUAUACAAUCUCUGUCCUAGCAACAGAUGACAUCUGCAGGAGGCCCCAGGGAGCAGUGGUGAAUGUACAUUCAGUCCCUUGUGACCCACAGAAUGUCAAAGUACAACUGGAUUGUAACCUCAAUACAGCUCUUGUAUUGUGGGAUGAUAGUGAAGGAGCACUGUGGUACACUGCCAUUGCAGAAGGAGCUGACGGGGGCAACAUUUCAUGCAGCACAUCAGAAACAUCAUGUAGAACACCCAUGCUGCUCUGUGGCCAGUUAUAUUCUGUGUAUGUUGUAGCAUCUGACAGGACCUGCAACCACUCUCUGAGUUCAGCAGUUGAAAUACAGACAGCUCCCUGUAGUCCCCAGAAUGUAAGUGCUCACUUGGACUGUGGAAAAUGCACAACAUCAGUUUGGUGGGAGGAGAGCGAGGGUGCAGUGUACUACACUGCUAUGGCAGAAGGAGUGGAAGGAGAGGACUACUCCUGCAAUACAACGGGAGCAAACUGUGAGAUUGUAGGCCUCCCAUGUGGCCAGAUGUUUAAUAUAACUGUGUUAGCGAUGGACGAGAAUUGCACCAGCUUACCAAGUCCAGCUUUUGAAAUUCAAACAGCACCUUGUAUCCCACAGAAUGUGGUAGCUCACAUCAGCUGCGAGAAUAACACUGUCUCAGUGUCUUGGGAUCCCAGCAAUGGCUCAGAGUCAUACCACGUAACAGCACAAGGGACCAAUGGCCACUGGGCCUCCUGCAAUACAACAGGCACUGAAUGUGAGGUCUCUGAUGUGUACUGUGGACUGUAUUACUACAUAACUGUACAGGCAGUCCGCAUGGGGUGUAACAGCUCACACAGCUCUGCUGUGGCAGUUAAAGCAGGUAACAUGUGA